AUGGCUUCUUCGAGUUCAAGUUCUGCAGAAGGUCCUUUCCUCAAUAUCACUUCUAAUUUGUCUGCGUUUGACCUUCAUUCCAACCAGCUUAAGGGACCAAUUCCAAUGUUUCCACGAUUGGCCACUUAUCUGGAUUACUCAAGAAAUAAUUUCAGCUCUAGCAUUCCGGCUGACAUUGGUGAUUUCCUUAUGUACACUGUGUUCUUCUCUCUUGAAAGCAAUCACUUCCACGGGAUCAUUCCAGCAUCAGUAUGUCGUGCAACAUAUCUUCAAGUUCUUGAUUUGUCCAAUAAUUUGUUAAGUGGCAUGAUUCCCCAGUGCUUCACUACAAGGAACAGCUGCUACCUUGACAUCUCAUGCAACAAGUUUAGUGGAUCAAUACCUGAGGAAUUGGUAGUGCUGAAAUCACUCUUUAGCCUCAACUUUUCCAACAAUGCUUUCACAGGCGCAAUCCCAUCAUGCGUAGGCAACCUACGACAUCUUGAGUCCUUAGACCUUUCGAACAACAGAUUGAGCGGAACAAUUCCAUCAGAGUUAUCCAAACUUAAUUUCCUCUCAUUCCUGAAUCUCUCUAACAAUCGACUAGUCGGGAAGAUUCCAACCGGCACUCAGAUUCAAUCUUUUUCAGCAGAUUCUUUCGCAGGCAAUGAAGGAUUAUAUGGGCCACCAUUAUCGCUAGGUAACAUAGAUGACGGAUCAGCAAGGUUGUCACCAACAUUAGAAGGAAAACAUUCAAAUUCUGCACACGGAAUUGAUUGGGAUCUGAUUAGUGCUGAAGUUGGAUUUGUUGGCUUUGGAACUGCUACUGGAUCACUUGUGUUGUGCAAGAGAUGGAGUAAAUGGUAUUACAAAACUAUGUAG